AACGACCCUGAAGUGUAAACAAACAAUUGUAUGGAGGGUCUCAUACUCUUGCUCGUGACUAGAAAAUCAUUGUUAAAACAAACAGAAAGGAAUCUAUGUAGAUUAGAUGUGUUAAUUAAAAGUAAACAUAUCUAUCAAAAUGGCUUUAAAUACAUGCAAAUUAUUACAGUUGUCCUAUGGAGAAUCAUUUUGUUUGCCAGUAGAAAUAGAGAAAGAGCAAGAUACAUUUACAAUUGAUGCUGGAUGGAUCGCAGGAGCUUUUUUUCUUGGUUUAAUCGUGGGAAUAGCGAUUGUUGCAAUUCUCACCAAGCCAUUUUUGAAUGCUUUAAAAAAGAAAAAGCACCAAGAUGAAGAAAAGCUUUUAGGGAAAACUGGGUCUGCUGAAAUUAUUGUGGCCAAGGAUGAUAAUGAAAAAAAAAGGAAAGGUGCUAGCAAGUCUACCAAUGAUAAAAAAUCAUUCAAAUUUCUACGAUUUUGGAGAAAGAAACCAAAAUCUGUGGCUGGAAACAAAAAAGAGGAAAUCACUGAAGAUGAUGUAGAUCCUGCGCUGUUGAGAGGCAUGGUAGAAGUGAUGCAACAAACUAAUAGUUUAAAUGCAGAAAUUGAGAUGGCAGAACAAGAUAUGACAACUAUCAUAUCAAAUGAGAGAUCCAUUGAAGAGGAAAAAGAAACUAUAAUGUUAAAAACUUUGGACUUGCUUCUUAAAAAGAAAGCUGAAAAGAGAGCAGUUUCCUACAAUUUUUAUGUAAAUUUCAUGAAAAAAACUGAUGCUGAAGUUAAAGAGUUAACUAAAAUAAUACAGAGAGAAAAGGAAGAAGCUGAAGAGAAAACUCGUAACGAUCCAAAACUAAGUAAAGAUACACAGACUCAGGAAGAUGAACUACAAAAAAUGUAUACAUUUUACAAUAAUAAACAGAAAAAACUUCAAAAGGAAAAUAAAAACAAAAUAAGACAAGAAUUGUUACGUUCUUCUGGAAUGCCAGAAUCAGAAAUAGAUGACAUAAUGGAAAAAUUAGCAAAUAAUUUAGCUGCAGUGGAACAAAAAAUUGGACUCGAGCAAGCUCGUCAGAAAAGGGCACUGGAUCAAAGAUUAGCCAAAAGAAAACGAGAUCUUGAGUUCAAAGCCUUAGAAGAUAAAGAACUGGAGACUGACAUGGAUACACGAGUACAAGUUUUAAAGAAAAUUUUAACUAAAAGUCUUAAAGAUGACAACAGAAAUGAAAACCAGAUUGAAGACAUUGUGACAGAAUACAGUAAAGAACUUGAUGCUAUUCAUAAAGAGUUUACAAAAGAGUUUCAGGACAGAUGUGAUGAAAAAUAUGAACUCCUCAGAAAAAAUAGACUUAUGUUAGCAUAUAAAUUACUGAAAAAACAAGAAAAAGAAAAACAAUCAUUUCUUCAGAGUGCAGAAAAAUCAACAAAUACUGCAGAAACUAAGCAAUAUCAUGAAUUGAUGAUUAAACAUCAUAUGGAGCAGGAAGAACUUUGUGAAGAAUUGGAUGAAAAUGAAAUUAAGGAAAUUGCCAAACUAAAGCAGAGCAUGAUAAAAGAAGAAGCUAGAGCAAUGGAUAGAGAGACAGAAAAACUUGAAGAAAAAUUGGAAAACUUGCCUCAGUUUGUUGCUUCUGAUGUUGAUAGAAUACUAAAACUACACAGGGAACACAUGUCAGACUAUAAAGGAAGAAAGCAAAGAGAGAAGCAGGCAAUAAUGGCCAGGCUACAGGAGAAGUUACAACAACGAAUCUCUGAGGCUAAUCAGGCAGAGGCCUAUGAUCUGAAGGAGCAAGAAAUGCUAAAGGAAGAACAAAUGCUGACAGUAUCAAAAGUUUUAGCUAUAAAUAUGGAUCUUACUGAAGAUGCUAAAAACAGAAUUUUAAAAGAGCACGAACAAAACAUGCAAGUCUUAUCAAACCAGCUACUCACAAGUAAACUUAGACAACAAAAAAGCCUGGAAAUAAAAUUCAAUCAACGAAAAGUUCGACUAAUGAAUCUGAAACAAAAACAAGAAGAACUUACAAGAUCAACUAAACAAGAUAAAAAGAGUGACCUUGAACAACUGGCUGAUGAAAUUGCCAAAGAAGAAGAUACACUGGAAGCUGAAAAGAAGAAAUUAAUAUCUGAGCUGAGACAACAGCUAGCUAAAGAGACAGAAGAAGCACUUAAAUUACAAGAUGAUGAAUUAAGUUUAUUAAUUGGCCGACUGCAGGUGGGCCAAGCCAGACGUAAAGCAAUCCUGGAAAAUCAAGACCAGACUCUAAAACAACUUCAGGAAGAUUUAGAUAGAAAAAUGUCUUCUGGAGUAUCACUACCAUCUUCUCUGACAGACCAAAUAAUCCAGCAACAUUACAAUCAAAUGAACUAUCUCAAUGAACAACUGCAGCAAAGAAGAAAGAGACAAGAGAAAACUAUCCUUGAAAAAUUAAGAGUUAAAAAAGAAAAGAUGGAAGAAGAUAUUGAAACUCAAUUAGAAGAAAAGGCUCAAGAGGAAUACACCACGCAACAAAGAAGAGGAGCUGGGUUUGCAAGUCUGGCUCUAAUGCAAGUCUAUCUAGACCAGAGACAUGCCAAGGCUAUGCAGGAUCUAGAAACAGAAAUGUAUGCAGAGCUGGAGAAAAGCAAGAAUGAAUUAAAUACCCAGCUAGAAGAACAACUGAAGAAAGAUUUGGAGUUACAACAUAAAGACCUUUUAUCACAAUUAGCUGAUGUGAGUAAAAUGUCAAAAGCUGAUUUGCAAGAUGCUUUCUCAGCUACUUCAACGGGAAAGAGAGACAAUAUUUCAGCUAACAGGUUAGCUAAUGACAUUAGAGAAGGAAUCAGGGAUUUUCCAAAUAGUAAUAAGCGAAUGUCUCGUGAGACCCGACCAUCACAACCACCAACAAAGACAAAUAAUAAGAGAUAUGAUGAUGACUCCUUAUCAGAAGAGAUGUCAGAUGGAAGCACAGGAUUUUAAAAUGCAUUGAAGAAUUUACAUUUAAACAAAUAUACAAAAAUACAAAA